CCUACCACCACCACCGCCACCUCCAUCACCACCACCUCCACCCCAAGGACAACAACAACAACAACAGCAGCAACAACAGGGGCUCCAGCAGCAGUGGCAGCAGCUGGGGAGCACCGCACCCGUCAACCACACCACGCCCCGCACCGCAGCAGCAGCAGCAGCUGCUGAUCCUGCUGCUGCUGCUGCUUCAACAGCUGCAGCUCCCACCACUGCUCCAUCUCCUCCUCCCGCUACCACCACCACCACCACCGCCGCCACCGCUGCUCCCUCCUCCUCCUCCUCCUGCGCUGCCCCCGCAGCCGCCCCCGCAGCCGCCUCCCCUCCCCGCAUCUUCGUGUCCCUGGCCGCCUACCGCGACCCCGAGUGCCAGUGGACGCUGCACAGCAUCUUUGCCAACGCGGAACGACCGGAGCGGGUGCGGGUGGGGGUGGUGUGGCAGGUUGACCCGGUUGCUGACCAGCAGCUGGUGCGGGUGGCGGGGGAGCGGUCGCACCCGGAGUGGUUGGACAGGGUCCGCCACAUCGUGUUACCCCACACCGAGGCGGAGGGGCCCUGCCGGGCCCGCUGGCUGGCUGGCUGCCUGUGGGGCGGGGAGCAGUUCGUACUGCAACUGGACUCACACAUGAGGCUGGUCCCCGGAUGGGACGAGUUGUGCAUCCAGCAGCUGGCGGCGGCGGAGGAGCUGAGUGACACGGGCAAGGCCCUGCUGUCCACCUAUCCCCUG